CAGAUACACCUGUACGCACAAACACAGGGUUUUACAGAUAGAGAGAGAGAGAGAGACAAAACAAAAAUUAAAAGCAGUCUGAGAGAGAGAUAGAGAGAGAGAGAGGGAGAGAGAGAUAGAGAGAGAGAGAGAUGAAGAAUACCAGAAGAAGAAGCGUCUCCGCGGGAGAGAGUGAAGCUCCGGAGCCGGAGAAGAAGGUGGUGGAAGAGAUGGAAAAUGGCGGUGAAGAAGAGGAAGAUGAGAUGGAAAACGAGGUUGAAGAAGAGGCUAAGCCGGAGCUGCCUGAAGGGUUCUUUGAGAUUGAACAUAUCAGGAGGAAGAGGGUCAAAAAGGGCGAGGUUCAGUAUCUGGUGAAAUGGCGUGGUUGGCCAGAGAGUGCUAACACCUGGGAACCGGUUGAGCACCUUGAGGCUGUUCCUGAUGUUGUAGAUGCUUUUGAGCAAAGGCAAUCAGGUAAACACAAGUCAUCGAAACGCAAGGGCAGACCUGGUGGUUCUACAAGUCAAGCUAAGAGGCGCCAGUCUACCGCUCCAACUGUCAGCGUGGACUUGGUGCAGGACCAUUCCCCCAUACCAUAUAAUAAUGGUGAUAGUCUAAACAAUGGCAUGGAUACUAAUAUGGGGGGCAUCCACAUCUCUGAAACAGUGGAGAAUAAUGGAAGUGGUGUGUUGUCUUCACAAGUUCAAGGAGCACAAGAACAGAACGGAGGGGAUGCAAACCAUAGUGAAACUAUCAAUGAGGCUGCCGGGAACUUGGGUGUAGAUAUGCAAGGAUGGAGGGCACCAGAAGUUAAUGAUCAUGCAAGAGAUGGAGAAGACUCAGCCCAUGCUGGUCACUCUAUUUCUAGGAGAAAAAAAUCUGCUGUAGUCAAAAGGUUUCGGAAAGAUGAAACUGAUUGCAGAACAAAUCAUACUAUGUCAGAGGAUUCAGUGAGGGUCACACGCUCUCGUCUUCAAGCCGAACAGCAACGCCAGAAGAAUCCUGUUGACGAAUCUGGCACUCAUGAUGAUGCUGCCAUUGUCCAGAUUAUUAAGCCAAUGAGCUUUGAAGCUUCUGGACCAGAUCAGGAUGUUGUGGUAACCUUUACAGCCCGAAGGUCUGAUGGCAAGGAGAUCAUAGUUGACAACAAGUUUCUCAAGGUCAACAAUCCAUUGAUGUUGAUCAAUUUCUAUGAAAAGCACUUAAAAUACAAUGCUGAUAUGGAGGCGCAGACAUAGGUCGAUGCUAAAGGUUUUUGGAUGUGAACAUGGAGAUACCCUUCUGCUACAUUUGCUAGGUUUCAGCAUGUGUUCACCUUUAUCCACAGAUUAGCAAGUCUGAGUUUCAGCUAUCAAGUAUGGUGCCCUUUGUUAUGUUUCCGUGGUCUGAUAUCUAAAUUACCUAGGUUGCACAGUAGUUACUAGUUAGUCUAUGGUUACUAAAAGACUUGGUUACAAUUUACAAAGAUCAGAAUGUAAGGAAUAUGUUGUCUCCGUAGGGGAUUAUGACUUGCAGUUAUUGACUUGUCUAUCUUGUUAUUGUUGCGCUUGUGAUAUGAAAUUUAUGAUAUCAUAUGACAUUGACCGGCAA